AUGACUAACAUUAUCCUAAUUUUGAUUAUAAUCGCCCUCGUGGCUUAUUACUACCGGCAAAGAAGCUUAACUAGCCCAGAUAGUCCCGAUAAAUUCGCCCAAAUCCAACAAACUAAUCGCACCCUCGCUAGUUUCUUAAAAAAUGAACUAGGUGGGCAAGAUUUAAACGAAUUACGCCUUAAACUUAACGGCCAAACUUUAAGCGAGAUUUUAGAAGAGAAUGAAACUCGGGAGACUGAAAACGACACUCUUACCCGCACUAAAAACGAACUCCAAGAAGAAAUAAUCAGCCUAAAUACUGCUUGA